GACGUCUGUAUGACAACAUUACAGAAACCGUGGGGAACACGCCCUGCGUGAAGAUUUCGGAUGCCAUUUCCCCCCUUGGGCGAACAAUCUACGGCAAGCUGGAGUUCUUUAACCCGCUCUCCAGUGUCAAGGAUCGUCUGGCCUGCGGCAUCAUCGAGGAUGCGGAAAGGAAGGGACAGCUGAAGCCUGGCGACACCGUCAUCGAGGCCUCCUCGGGAAACACGGGCAUUGGUGUGGCCAUGCUGUGUGCACAGCGCGGGUACAAGUGCGUCAUCGUCAUGGCUGAGCCGUACUCCAUCGAGCGUCGCAAGUUGAUGCGUUUCCUGGGGGCCAAGGUGGUGAUUACCCCGAGGGAGUUCAAAGGAACUGGCAUGGGAGGCAAGGCCAAGGAGUUGGCAGACGCGCAUGGCUGGUUCCUGUGUCGACAGUUUGACAAUGACGUGAAUGCAGAGACUCAUUACACCACCAUGGGUCGGGAGAUUCUGAACGACUUCAAAGGCAUGAAGCUCGAUUACUUCGUCACCGGCUAUGGCGCUGGCGGCACUUUUGCCGGUGCAGGCAGAGCCAUCCGAGACGAGCGCCCCGAGGUCAAGGUCUGCUUGGGAGAGCCAGAGGAUGCUCCGCUCGUUGCGUCUGGCAUCAAGACCGAGCAGAAACCGGACGGGUCCAUCGACAGCCACCCUGCAUUUCAGUUCCAUCCCAUCCAAGGUUGGACGCCCGACUUCAUCCCACAGAUGGCAGCGAAGGGGCUACAGGAGACCGGCUACGAUGAGUACAUCCCUGUGCCGAGUGACGCAGCCAUCGACAUGUCCCAGGCCUUGGCAAAGACGCAGGGGAUCUUGACCGGUAUCUCCGGCGGCGCCUCCAUGUAUGCCGCGGUGGAG